AUGCUGUUAGCUCUGCCGAGCGUGGGUUUGUCCCCUGCUCGUUGUGGAAGCGACAGUGUUGGAGAGGCUUCCAUCAGCUUGGCCCAGCUGCAGCGCCGGGGCAAUGCACAUGUUACCCGCACCGGGGCGGGCCCUGCGGCGCGGAGGAGGGCGGGCCGGCCCCGGGGCGCCGCUGCCGCUCCGUCCUGCGCCACGGGCUGCGGGCCGUGGGCGCUGCUGGCGCUGCUGUGCGGGGCGGCGGGGGCGGCGGCCCCCCUGCGCUGCAACGUGAGCCUGGACAGCCCGGCCGAGCAGCGCUGGCUGCCCGUGCUGCAGCGCUUCGAGCCCGCCUUCCUGCGCGCCGCCGUCCGGCGGGUCAUCGACGAGAGCGUACCGAAAUGGGUUCACCAGGUCAUCCAGCCCAUAGCAGCCGAACUGGAGCUUUUCAUGCCGCAGCCUUUCGCGGGAGAGAUUGCGGGGAUGUGCAAAGCACUGGGAAUAAACCUCGGAGAUGGAAUCCUGCUGAACUUCGCCUACGAAUCCACUGCGUUCUGCACCAGCAUUGUCGCUCAGGAUGACAAAGGAAACAUUUACCAUGGUCGGAACCUGGAUUACGAUUUUGUCGAUAUAUUGAGCAAGAUCACGCUGGAUGUGCAGUUUAUAAAGAGUGGACAGGUUGCGUACCAAGGCACCACAUUUCUUGGUUAUGUAGGCUUAUGGACUGGGCAAAGUCCACACAAGUUCACCAUUUCCGGAGAUGAACGAGAUGGUGGUAGAUGGUGGGAAAAUGCUAUAGCUGCUUUCCUCAAUAGGAAUUAUCCUGUCAGCUGGCUUGUGCGAGAUACUCUGAGCGAAGCAGAGGACUUCCAGUCUGCUGUUCUCAGACUGGCUGGCAUUCCCAUUAUUGCUGAAGUUUACUAUAUUGUGGGAGGCGUCUCACCCAAAGAAGGCAUGGUCAUAACAAGGAAUAGAAGAGGGCCAGCAGAUCUCUGGCCUCUUGAUCCCUUAAGUGGAGCGUGGUUUCGUGUGGAGACAAACUAUGAUCAUUGGACUACCCCUCCUCCUUUUGAUGAUCGCAGAACUGCAGCCAUCAAAGCUCUCAAUGCUACUGGACAGCACAACAUCAACUUUGAUACGCUCUUUAAGGUGUUGUCAGUGAAGCCAGUCUUAAACAAUAACACAGUGUACACCACAGUCAUGAGUGCUGCGCUUCCGGAUCGGUACCAGACAUGGUUGAGAACUGAGGAGUGAAGAGGUGGAAAUGGCAGAGGUUUCAACGCACUGAGUGAGAAGCUGAAGCUGUGCAAGACUAACAUAUGCUUUUAAAAUCACUCCUGGGAGCAGUACAGUGGGUUUGGUUCAUGAAUGAUGUGAAGCAUUCAGGAAACAGUGAUUAGUUAACUCUUUGAAGUGUUUCAGGUGAUCCUGUUAAUGACCUGUAACAGAAGUUUGAAUUUUCUUGUAAUUAAAUUACAAGUAGAUGUAUUUUAAUUAAAUUACUGGUAGAUGUUGAUGGGUAAAAAUGGCUUGUAUUAUUUUUGGUACAAGUUGUGCAACUGCAGUGUACUUCUGUGCUGACUAAUAAAUACAUUUUGUAAUUUACAUAGCCUGUAGGUCUGAAUAAAAUAAAUAAAAAUAUUAAUUAAAUAAUAAAUC